AUGGUACCAGGCUCGUCUUCGGCACUGAAAGCCUCGCGAGGCGUUACUUCGAAAGUUCUGUCAUCGACAACUCAGGGAGCCUUGUCAGGUGAGACACUUUCGAAGUCGGGCGCUCAUCACCCCGUACGAGAUCCGCGUCCUUCAGUGCCACCCAGAGGGAGUGAAAAAGAUGGUAAAGUCGCUAGGGCUAAGGAGACGUCGCCGAAGCAGCCAGAGGCUCCGAUCAAGCCACAGCCCAACCAAACAGUCUCUACCACGCAGACUUGCAUGGAAAGCAAACUCAACACGGCUCCUAAGCUUGCUUCGCAAGGCAUUUCCUCGGACUCCCUGACGGGCCAUUCACAGCCCCAACAACCAGCGCAAGCCGAUGCCGAUAGCCUGACCACAUUCCCUCCAUUUGCCGUUGGCGCAAAAGACAAAGUCAAAAGAUUUCUCGAGUCGCAAGGCCUGGGUGAGCCAGGUGAUACGCCUCACCAAAGCCCUAUCGAUCACCUCAAGUCACGCCCUCCGACUCCAUGGCCGGGCGCUGGGGCAGAUCCGGAGGCUCUGCAAUCAGUUGAUGACGCCCGACCACCAGUCCCAUCUCACCGAUUGCCUCGUGUGCCAACGGCAGAAGACAAGCCUCAAAAUGGCCCAUUACUUGAAUCAUCCGUGAGCAAAAAGCCUGAGGAACUUGGUUUGAAAAACCUCAGGAUUUCCCAACCCGAUAUACCCUCCCAUCCGUUACCGCCCAUACCUACUUCCCGAUUCAACUUCCUACCCAGCGAGGACGACUUUUCGGUCAUUGAUGAUCCGGGUCUAUUGACCCCAAUCACUGAGGUACCAAGUGAGCUUUCCCGGGCAAACUCACCAGUCGACCCGUUGAUGGCCGGUUGCAAGCCUCGCCCAAUUAUCAAACAACCUAAUCCCCCUGUCAAGAAACCUCCGGUCCAGAAGCCGAUUGAGAUGCCAACGCCCCAUCAUGCUACGCCAGCAGCCCGUGAGGUUCCCAAGUCGCAGCUACCACCAUCAUCCACUGUGUUGUCUUCCACCCCAGACAGACCAGAAACCCCACAAGUGACGGUCGGCUUGCCGAAACCGAAGCAGAAAACGCCCCUGAGCUCAGCAAGCCCUCAAGCCAGACCAGACCUCGUCACUGCCAAAAAGCUCGAACGGAAGCCAAGCAAACUCAACAUCACUACCACGAGCAGCACAAUUGAGAAUAACAGUCGACGACAAUCCGAGACAAUAUCAGAAAAGCAAAUCGACGAACCGAGCGUUGACCCACCGCAACAGCGUCUUUCAUCCCCCUUUAACCCAUCCAAGAUCAAACAACAGGCAUGGGACUUGGAGACCAUUGCGAGCGAGGACAGUUGGUUCCAAGAGAACGAGGAUAACGAUAGCGAUGGAAGCGCUUCAGGUGAAAGUGGUCCUCGACGUACUCCUCCGGGCCAGGUGCGAGCCAGGUUAACGGUCGAGACGGUGGAAUGCACAUUUCAGCCGCCAGCUCAGACCCCGGAUCUGGACCAGGCGCAGUAUGAUACUACGGGCCAGGCGAGGAAUGAAUUCUUUCCACCUUGGGCGGUAGGGAGUCAGGCAUUAUCGGAGGGAGCGAGGGAUUUGAGGACAUGA